AUGUACAUUCCGGAGGAAAACCACCAAGGUUCUAACUAUGGGAGCCCACGCCCAGCUCAUGCCAACAUGAAUGCCAAUGCCGCCGUGGGGCUUGCCCCUGAGCACAUCCCCACUCCAGGGGCAGCCCUCUCCUGGCAGGCAGCCAUCGAUGCGGCUCGGCAGGCCAAGCUGAUGGGCAGUGCCGGCAAUGCCACCAUCUCCACGGUCAGCUCCACGCAACGCAAGAGGCAGCAGUAUGGGAAACCCAAGAAACAGGGCAGCACGACUGCCACGCGCCCACCCCGUGCCCUUCUCUGCCUGACUCUGAAGAACCCCAUCCGGAGGGCAUGCAUCAGCAUUGUUGAAUGGAAACCAUUUGAAAUAAUUAUUUUACUGACUAUUUUCGCCAAUUGUGUGGCCUUAGCGAUCUAUAUACCCUUUCCAGAAGACGACUCCAAUGCCACCAAUUCCAACCUGGAACGAGUGGAGUAUCUCUUUCUCAUCAUUUUUACUGUGGAAGCAUUUUUAAAAGUAAUAGCCUAUGGACUUCUCUUUCACCCCAACGCUUACCUCCGCAACGGAUGGAAUUUACUAGACUUUAUCAUUGUGGUUGUAGGGCUUUUUAGUGCAAUUUUAGAACAAGCGACCAAAGCGGAUGGGGCCAACGCACUAGGAGGGAAAGGGGCUGGAUUUGACGUGAAGGCUCUGAGGGCCUUCAGAGUUCUUCGCCCCCUGAGGCUGGUGUCUGGAGUUCCAAGUCUCCAGGUAGUUCUGAAUUCCAUUAUCAAGGCCAUGGUGCCCCUGCUGCAUAUCGCGCUGCUCGUGCUGUUUGUCAUCAUCAUUUAUGCCAUCAUCGGUCUGGAGCUCUUCAUGGGGAAGAUGCAUAAGACCUGCUACAACCAAGAAGGCAUAACAGAUGUUCCAGCCGAAGACGAUCCCUCUCCUUGUGCUCUGGAGUCAGGCCACGGGCGGCAGUGCCAGAAUGGCACUGUGUGUAAGCCCGGGUGGGACGGGCCCAAGCACGGAAUCACCAACUUUGACAAUUUUGCCUUUGCCAUGUUAACGGUAUUCCAGUGCAUCACCAUGGAGGGAUGGACCGAUGUGCUCUACUGGAUGCAGGACGCUAUGGGCUAUGAGUUACCCUGGGUGUAUUUUGUCAGUCUGGUCAUCUUUGGAUCCUUUUUCGUUCUAAAUCUGGUUCUCGGUGUAUUGAGCGGAGAGUUUUCCAAAGAGAGAGAGAAGGCCAAGGCUCGGGGAGAUUUCCAGAAGCUUCGAGAGAAGCAGCAGCUGGAAGAGGAUCUCAAAGGCUAUCUGGACUGGAUCACUCAGGCAGAAGACAUUGACCCCGAGAAUGAAGAUGAAGGCAUGGAUGAGGAGAAGCCCCGAAACAUGAGCAUGCCUACAAGUGAGACGGAAUCAGUCAAUACCGAAAACGUGGCUGGAGGUGACAUCGAGGGAGAAAACUGUGGGGCCAGGCUGGCUCACCGAAUCUCCAAAUCCAAGUUCAGCCGUUACUGGCGCCGGUGGAAUCGGUUCUGCAGAAGGAAGUGCCGGGCUGCUGUCAAGUCAAAUGUCUUCUACUGGCUUGUGAUUUUCUUGGUGUUUCUCAACACCCUCACCAUCGCCUCAGAACAUUACAAUCAACCUCACUGGCUCACUGAAGUCCAAGACACAGCCAAUAAGGCAUUGCUGGCCCUUUUCACUGCGGAGAUGCUGCUGAAGAUGUAUAGCCUAGGCCUACAGGCUUACUUCGUGUCCCUCUUCAACCGCUUUGACUGUUUCAUCGUGUGUGGGGGCAUCCUGGAAACCAUCCUGGUGGAGACCAAGAUCAUGUCUCCCUUGGGUAUCUCUGUGCUGAGAUGUGUCCGGCUACUGAGGAUUUUUAAAAUCACAAGGUACUGGAACUCCUUGAGCAACCUGGUGGCAUCCUUAUUGAAUUCUGUCCGAUCCAUCGCUUCCCUCCUGCUGCUUCUCUUCCUCUUCAUCAUCAUCUUCUCCCUCCUGGGGAUGCAGCUCUUUGGAGGGAAAUUCAACUUUGAUGAGAUGCAGACCCGGAGAAGCACAUUUGAUAAUUUUCCUCAGUCUCUGCUCACUGUGUUUCAGAUCCUGACCGGGGAGGACUGGAAUUCGGUGAUGUAUGAUGGGAUCAUGGCUUAUGGCGGCCCCUCUUUUCCAGGGAUGUUAGUCUGUAUUUACUUCAUCAUCCUCUUCAUCUGUGGAAAUUAUAUCCUACUGAAUGUGUUCUUGGCCAUCGCUGUGGACAACCUAGCUGAUGCCGAGAGCCUUACCUCAGCCCAAAAGGAGGAGGAAGAAGAGAAGGAAAGAAAGAAGCUGGCCAGGACUGCCAGCCCAGAGAAGAAACAAGAGGUGGUGGAAAAGGCCGCAGUUGAGGAAACCAAGGAGGAAAAAAUUGAACUGAAAUCCAUUACAGCUGAUGGCGAGUCUCCACCCACUACCAAGAUUAACAUGGAUGAUCUCCAGCCCAAUGAAAAUGAGGAUAAGAGUCCCUACUCCAACCCAGAAACCACAGGAGAGGAAGAUGAGGAGGAGCCUGAGAUGCCUGUGGGCCCCCGCCCGCGCCCACUCUCUGAACUGCACCUUAAGGAGAAGGCGGUGCCUAUGCCAGAAGCCAGUGCAUUUUUCAUCUUCAGCCCCAACAACAGAUUUCGCCUCCAGUGCCACCGUAUCGUCAAUGAUACCAUCUUCACCAACCUGAUCCUCUUCUUCAUCCUGCUCAGCAGCAUAUCCCUGGCUGCUGAGGACCCAGUCCAACACACGUCCUUCAGGAACCAAAUCCUCGGCAAUGCAGACUAUGUCUUCACUAGUAUCUUUACAUUAGAAAUUAUCCUUAAGAUGACUGCUUAUGGGGCAUUCCUCCACAAGGGCUCUUUUUGCCGAAAUUACUUUAACAUCUUGGAUCUGCUCGUGGUCAGCGUGUCCCUCAUCUCCUUCGGCAUCCAGUCUAGUGCAAUCAAUGUUGUGAAGAUCUUGCGAGUUCUGCGAGUACUCAGGCCCCUUCGGGCCAUUAACAGAGCCAAAGGACUGAAGCAUGUGGUUCAAUGUGUGUUCGUUGCCAUCCGGACAAUUGGAAACAUUGUCAUUGUCACAACACUGCUGCAGUUUAUGUUCGCCUGCAUCGGUGUCCAGCUCUUCAAGGGAAAGCUCUACACCUGCUCAGAUAGUUCCAAACAGACCGAGGCAGAGUGCAAGGGAAAUUACAUCACAUACAAAGAUGGGGAGGUUGACCAUCCGAUCAUUCAGCCUCGCAGCUGGGAGAACAGCAAGUUUGAUUUUGACAAUGUUCUGGCAGCCAUGAUGGCCCUCUUUACCGUCUCCACCUUUGAAGGGUGGCCAGAGCUGUUGUACCGCUCCAUCGACUCCCACACUGAAGACAAGGGUCCUAUCUACAACUACCGUGUGGAGAUCUCCAUCUUUUUCAUCAUCUACAUCAUCAUCAUUGCCUUCUUCAUGAUGAACAUCUUCGUGGGUUUCGUCAUCGUCACCUUCCAGGAACAGGGGGAGCAGGAGUAUAAGAACUGUGAGCUGGACAAGAACCAGCGACAGUGCGUGGAAUAUGCCCUUAAGGCCCGGCCCCUGCGGAGGUACAUCCCCAAGAACCAGCACCAGUACAAAGUGUGGUACGUGGUCAACUCCACCUACUUUGAGUACCUGAUGUUUGUCCUCAUCCUACUCAACACCAUCUGCUUGGCCAUGCAGCACUACGGUCAGAGCUGCCUGUUCAAAAUCGCCAUGAAUAUCCUCAACAUGCUCUUCACUGGCCUCUUCACUGUGGAAAUGAUUCUGAAGCUCAUUGCCUUCAAGCCCAAGGGUUACUUUAGUGAUCCCUGGAAUGUUUUUGACUUCCUCAUCGUUAUUGGCAGCAUAAUUGACGUCAUUCUCAGUGAAACGAAUCCAGCUGAACAUACCCAAUGCUCUCCCUUUAUGAACGCAGAGGAGAACUCCCGCAUCUCCAUCACCUUCUUCCGCCUCUUUCGGGUCAUGCGCCUGGUCAAGCUGCUGAGUCGAGGGGAAGGCAUCCGGACCCUGCUGUGGACCUUCAUCAAGUCGUUCCAGGUAGCCACCCCCCCCAAUACGCACUGCUGA